GCCAAGAAUUGGAUGGAGUAUCAAGGAAUCAACAACUGGGAGGGCUUGCUUGACCCUCUCGACGAUACUCUACGUAGUGAGAUUCUAAGAUACGGCCAAUUCGUCGAAGCAGCGUAUCGGUCUUUCGACUUCGACACUUCUUCGCCUACUUUUGGGUCGUGUAAGUUUUCCAAGAACUCGCUGCUCACUCGGUCUUGCAUUCGGGAGACUGGUUAUAAACCCAUCAAGAACUUGCGUGCCACAUGUGGGAUUCAACUGCCGGGUUGGAUAGACCGGGGACCUAGCUGGGUUUCGACUCAGUCCAGUUGGGUCGGUUACGUGGCGGUGUGUCAGGAUAAGGAGGAGAUCGCCAGGCUCGGCAGGCGUGACGUGGUGGUUGCCUUCAGGGGAACCGCCACUUGCUUGGAGUGGCUGGAGAAUCUACGUGCCACGCUGACUUCCCUGCUCGAUGACGUACCCAAUGUGGAUUCUAAUGGCGGUGGGGCCAUGGUGGAAAGUGGGUUCUUGAGCCUCUACACUUCCGGUAACGCCUCGUGUCCUAGCUUGCAGUCCAUGGUGAGGGAAGAGAUCGGAAGAGUACUCGAAGCCUACGGCGACGAACCCCUGAGCUUGACCAUCACCGGCCACAGUCUCGGCGCGGCUCUAGCUACACUUGCGGCGUACGACAUAAACUCCAACUUCGGCAAUGCACCACCGGUAACCGUCAUCUCUUUCGGAGGACCAAGGGUCGGAAACCAAAGCUUCAGGUGUCAGCUAGAGAAACGGGGGACCAAGAUUCUACGUAUAGUGAACUCCGAUGACCUGAUCACCAAAGUGCCAGGCUUCGUAAUCGAAAACAACGACAUGGCCGUCAAUGUGGCGGGGCUGACGAGCUGGGUCCAGAAGCGCGUGGAAGAGGCGCAGUUAGUAUACGCAGACUUAGGGCAAGAGCUAAGACUGAGCAGCAAAGAGUGCCCGCACUUGAGCAAGGGAGGCGUGGCAUCAUGUCACGAACUCAGUACGUAUCUGGAAUUAGUAAAUGGUUUCGUUGGUUCAAAUUGUCCUGUUCGGGCCACUGCCAAGAGAGUUUUAGGAGAACACCAUCGAAAAAAAACUGGCACCUUUGUAGUCUGUAGAUAG